AUGUCUGGCUUCGAAAUUUCUGCUGCCAUCACCUCCGCCCCUGGGCUUUUUCUGGCCUGUGUUGAAUGCUUUGAACUGAUUCAACUUGGGCGCAGCUUUGGGAAGGACUUCGAGCGCAGUCUUCUCCGGCUCCGAGUUACUAAGCUCCGUUUUGUGCGAAUCGGAUCCUGCAAGGGUAUUGCGCUUGACAAUCCCGAAGCAACACUCCCGGAGAGGAUGUCGGAUGACGAGGGGACCGAGGAAACAGUGAAGAAGCUCAUAGCUCAGAUCAUCACUCAGUUCAGUACUACCUCGAGUAUCUGCGACCGGUACAAAGGGGACGACAAGAGCGUCGGAGAAGCUGGAGACGUGAAGGAUGAGAACAUCCUUCAACUUUUGCAGAAGGUGCACGACCAGGCCCAAAUUCGCCAGAAUCGCACAAAUUUCCGCAGAAAGGUUGCAUGGGUAUGUUACGAGAAGGGCCACCUUGACCGCAUGCUCGACAGUAUCAACAUUGAUAUCAAUAAUCUGUCCUAUUUCCUCGAAACCGGAAAUCAGGAGAACCAACACGCCAUCCAGGAGGUCAACACAAUCAAAACAGGCGCCAAAGACCCAGAUUCACUUCUCAGCAUCUUGAAGGAGGUGGCCGAUGGCACAGAUGCUGCCCUUAGAGUUGCUGCGGGUAACGCUUUGGACAGCGGAGGUCAUCGUUACCAGAACAACUACCUGGAAAAAUGCGAUAACGUCACUUAUGGAGACUGGGUGGGAAGUGGAGCGACAGCCUCCGCAGGAGGAGGGAAGAAUUUGUAUCGAGGAAACCAAGCAAAAGAAGUCAAGAAUUUGGUAUACGGAACUCACUACCAAGGAAACACAGGGACCUGA